ACAUGCCAGAAGAGGUAGAAACAUUGCGCUACCCAUUCAACUUCAUCGCCUUCCUGCGUCCAUUGGCGAAUCACGGCAAAAGAACGGUUUCUCUUCCCGCAUCCUUGUCGUAGCGGGAUACUCGUUCGGAGGUUGCUCCGUGUCUUUAGCCGCGUUGAAUUUUCCGGCCUUGUUUCCUUCGAUGAUCCUCAUCGAUGCAAUAAUCGAUCCAUUCCUAGGAGGUGUGUGGGCGUUCAACAAGUUCCUAAUUAGAACUACCUUGAUAAGGCGCGAACGAUGGCCAUCAUGGGAGGAUGCCUUGCAUUCCUUCAAAUUUUCACACACGUUCUCCGCUUGGCAUCCUAACGUACUUCGGCUCUAUGUCAAUUAUGGACCGCACGAGGAUGAAAGCGGACGUGUCAGAUUGAAAAUGCCUGUCAUCCAUGAAGUUCUCGCCUAUGCCAACCCACGAGCUAGCCGCAAAGCUCGACGAGAACAUCGAGUUGCUGUGGAUUGUCCCCGCGAAACUCCGUCAUGAUGCGUAAGCCAGUCAAGCAGGAGAAACUCACUCACUAAUAGGCACUAUGCGACAGGCCAAUGACAGAGCAAGUCGCGAAGGAGCGUGUUUGACGCAGACCAGCAAAUUCAUCUAAUAUUAUCAUCAAAUCUGGUCAUCUCGUCUGUAUCUCGUCCUGAAUAAUUCCUGUAUCUAACAUGAUUGUAGUUUAGAUUCCUUAGCAGUGUCCGGAAGCGCUUGGUACGUUACCUCAAAGGAACUAAUUAAUUCUUGUUUAACUACCCGUGCAGCGCAAAUUAUGGCCAACUUUGU